AUGGGAGCAUGGCUUGUUGCUUGUGGUACUAAGACGAUAGAAGUAUGGAAGACUGAGGAUGGCUGCUACGAGCACUACACAACACUGGCACCUUCUCGUUCUGGAGUGCAGCCGGGUGAUCAGAUCUUGUCUGGGUUGAUAUGCAACAUGCCGACAUAUCUGAACAAGAUACUGGUCGCUAGACUGGAUGGGACGACCGAGAUCUGGAACAUAAGCACCGGCAGAUGCGUGUAUGCGAUAGCACCUCCAAAAGUGACUUCAGGCGCCGUCACUGCACUCCAACCGACUCCAGCUCUGUCGGUUGUAGCUGUUGCAUAUGCAGACGGAUCCCUGGUUAUCCAUGAUAUCGAGCAUGAUGAAGCAAUUCUUUCCUUUCACCAAUCUUCUUUCCCAAUCACAUCAAUCACUUUUCGCACGGACUGUCUCGGCGCUGGUGAAGAUGGCCGUGAAGAUGGUGUCAUGGCCACUGCGAGCGUGAAUAGUGGAGAUGUUACUUUCUGGGAUCUGAAUAGCGGCGGUCGUGUUGCUGGAAAGCUUCGAGCAGCGCAUGAGACGACACGCAACAGGGGCUCAGGAAUUACUAAAAUCGAGUUCCUCCCCAACCAGGCAGUCCUGGUUUCAACUGGGCUUGAUAAUGCUCUGCGCAGUUGGAUAUUUGACCACACUCCAUUCUCUCCUGUUCCUCGAAUAUUGCAUGCACGUAGCGGCCAUGGAGGCCCGGUCACUACGCUAGAUUUUCUACCUACUUCCUCCGAUGGGUCGGAUGCUGCGAGCAAGUGGCUCCUUUCAGCGAGUCAAGCCAGGGACCUCUGGGGUUUUAGUCUCCGCCGUGACGGGCAAAGCUCGGAACUCAGUCAAGGGAAUGUCAAGCACAAAGCGAAAAAGAGAGGCCAUUUGCAUGACACAUCAUCCACGUUGGAGAACCUCAAAGCCCCUCCAGUCACUAUGAUCGCAUCCACGCUGAAUAGAGACGGAGGCAUGGGGGCCAGCAGUGGUCCGAUUUGGCAGAAUGUAAAACGCUCCAGCGCUGAAGAGUCAAGUAUGACAGGGUGGGAGAGCGUUGUGACAGCUCACGAAAACGAUAAUAUUGCGCGAACCUGGUUUUGGGGACGCAAACGUGCGGGCCGUUGGACGCUGAAAACAGGUGACAGCAAGCCUGUUUCGAGUAUAGCCAUGACCGCUUGUGGUACGUUUGCAAUAGUAGGAUCGAGUGGAGGCAGCAUCGACAUGUACAAUCUUCAGUCAGGCAUGCAUCGUCGAAAAUUCCCACCUAAACUCACUCCAGCCGAAGUUAAACAAGUCCGGCUACGCCAGUUGCGAAGCGAUACAGAAAUGGCCAAUCGAGGACAUCACGGCAGUGUAAGUGGAAUCACAGUCGAUGCAUUGAACCAAUCCAUGGUGUCUUGCAGUCUCGAUGGAUCGAUCAGGUUCUGGGAUUUCGCCACCGGUCUGCAAACUCACCAGCUUAUAGCCGCCUCCUAUGCACCUACUGCUCUUAGAUACAACGCACCAUCAGGUCUCAUAUCCCUAGCCUGUGACGAUCUGUGCAUACGGGUACUGGAUAUCGAGACUAAGAAAAAGGUUCGUGAGUUCUGGGGUUGCAGAGGACAGAUCGACGAUCACUGUUUCUCUCAUGACGGCAGAUGGAUUGUCUCCUGUGCUAAGGAUUCGGUGAUCCGUGUUUUCGACCUUGCGACUGGACAUCUGAUUGAUGCAUUUAAGACUGCUGCAUGCACCAGCCUCAGCUUCUCCAGCACGGGGGAGUAUCUUGCUACUGCGCAUGCCGACUCUAUCGGGAUCAAUAUCUGGAACAAUAUAACGCUGUUCCGCCAUGUUUCUUCUCGGCAAAUUGAUGAGCAGACCGGAAUCAUUGACCUCACCGAUAGCGCAAUCUUUAAUAGUAAACCCAUGUUAGCCAUUGAGGAUAGCAUCGCAGAUGAUCAACUCCUAGAAGUCGAAAGCACCAACGAACUUGAACAGCUCAACCACGACCUCCUCACCCUAUCACUUGUCCCGAAAUCACGCUGGCAGACACUGCUCCACCUCGAUGACGUUCGAGAACGGAAUAAGCCCAUCGAGCCUCCGAAAGCACCUUCAAAAGCGCCAUUCUUCCUCUCAUCCGCCUUAACCACAACAUCACAGCGGAAGACUCUAGAAGACGACACAAACAAUGCCGUCACACUCGCCGAACGCUCCCGUAUCACCAAACUACAAAACUCAGUACAGACGAGGGAAAGCGACUUCUCGAAUCUCCUGGCCAGAUUCAGCACGAGCCUCGACCCCGACGCAACCGACGUCAUCUCACACCUGUCCUCGCUCUCACCAUCGCAGAUGGACCUUGAGAUUCGAACCCUGACAGUUUCAGAGAUGGUACCAUUUGUAAAUGCCUUGACGGCUCGGCUGCAGCUGAAGCGGGAUUUUGAGCUCAUCAACUCGUUCAUGGCGUGCUUCUUGCGGAUGCAUGGAGAUGUAGUACAGGAGGAGGAUGAGGAGGCUGAAGGUGGGCAGCUGAAGGCCGCGAUGAGAAGGUGGGAUCGGGCGAUGAGGACAGAGGAGGAGAGGUUGGGUCAGCUGAUCGGGUAUUGUAAGGGUGUCAUAGAUUUCCUGCGUAGUUCGCGAUGA